GAGUCUGUUUGGCUUCCCAGUGGCCAAACAUAAAUCCAAGGAUGAUUGUAUUAUUCCGGAAUGGCGAACGCUCGAACACUGGGAUAACACUACAUUUAAAGAUAUGCAGAUCACACAUUUUUGGGAAACAAUGAGAGGAUAUCAACUUUAAGCCUCCAUACAGCAAGAGACAGAUGCAAAAGACGUGACUGGCCAAGAUUCAAGACGUUACGGAGCCGUCUACUGAUCAAAUGAAUCUCGCUGGCCACCAAACGAGCGUAUGUAUGUUGCCAAAAUUCGGGCAAUAAUUGCACCCCAAAACGAAAGCCAUCCCAGGCGGGUUUAUCGCAUCACCAGUGCAGAAGAUCGCGUCUGGAUCGGGUUAUUGCACAACGCGCGCUAGCGUUCUAUUGCACGCGCGUGAAGGUGAACGGCAGAGGCCGUCGGAGUCGCGCUCGCGUGCGGCGCCCGUCCGUACGCGGCGGCGGGGAUGCUCGCCGUGCGGCCUCGCGUACACUGGAAGCAGCGGGUCGCUAGCGAAUUGGAUCGAGCCGAGCGCGCGUCCGCGGUGAUUAUCGAAAAAAACACAGGAUUCUAUGGGUUUGCGCAUUGCACAUCAUUGUAGUAGGUGUUUAGUUGAGUGCAUUGAGCUGCAGAUGGUGCAUGUGCAAGCAGCUGCAGUAAUCUGACUGUCACCACUGUGAACGUUGCUGCUUAUAUAUUAGUUUAGUUUAAUGCACUUUAUUUUUCUCCUAUCACUGUGGGUUAUGUGGCUGCAUGCAUCCUGCUCUCAAGCCUUUGGUUUUGAUAAGCUCCACUUGCACUGCAUUGAGAUCAUUCGCUCCAAAGACCAGAAUAACCUUGCUAAAAACACUGAGAGCCGUAGGACCAACUGACUGUGAAUCACACCGACCCUUUAAACACUGUACUCGAAGACACACAAUACAAACAGCAAAGCUUUGACUCUUAGCUGAUUCUUCUCAUUUGGUUUUGAAGACUGAUUGUGUGCAAAGUUGGUGAUAUCUCCUCAGUCUGUUAAUUAAUGUUUUUAAUGCGGUCCUAAAGUAGAAAGAUGAUUCAGUCCUCAGGAAUCUUUGUUCCGGACACCAACUGGAAGCUUCAGAGAUAAUACAGAAAUGUGGCGUAUUGAUCCUGCAUGUUCUCUUCAAAGAGUCUUGUUGUUUUGACACUACCAAAUACGAAGUACUGAAGUUAUUUCGCAGGUUUUGACUGGGCUUAUGUGGACAUUUCGAGUUUGUUUAUUAAACGGGACGAUGCUGUUGAGGAGGACCACUGUGUUUUCCCAAAAAGAACUUUGACCCUUGAAGUGGCGAAAGGACAAAACUCACUUCAAGGAGUGGAAAGAGGAAAUAAAACUAACCCACACUAAUGACAUGAUCUCAAACUGACACAAAUCACUACACAAACAAACGGACAAACCUCUGACGGUUUGCAGCCAUGAGUGUUCGACAUCCGACCUCCACGCUGGACAGGUUGAGCAGUUUGACACUAGGAGACUCGGAGCGCAGGUCUUCUCCUGGCCAGCAGAGGGAGGCACUGUCUGAUCUCCCCUCAGACAACACAGAGGGACAGGGUUUAGUCCAAAGAUGUGUGGUUGUGCAGAGGGACAAUCUGGGGUUUGGCUUCACCGUGUGCGGCGAGAGAAUCAAACUAGUGCAAAAUGUUCGGCCAGGUGGAGCAGCGGUCAAAGCUGGGGUUCAUGAAGGAGACCGAAUCAUUAAGGUCAAUGGUUCGGUGGUUUCAUCCAUGUCACAUCAGGAAGUAGUAAAGAUGAUCAAAUCUGGGACAUAUGUGGCGUUGACUCUUCAGGGCCCGCCUCCUUCAGCUGCAUCCGUCCCGCUUCAGCCCCUCCCUACUGACCUCUUGCCCAAUCACAGGACAGCACUGGGUGGCGAAGCCCCACCUCCUCCUCUUACUCCACCCACAGGAAGCAGUACCCCAACUCAGAGAAUCACAGGACCCAAACCAUUACAGGACCCCGAGGUGCAGAAACACGCCACAGAAAUCCUCAGAAAGAUGUUAGAGCAGGAGGAGGCAGAGCUACAGAACCUUCUGGAGGAACAGUCUCGAAAUCCAUCUCCUUCACUUGAGGAGCGAAUAGAAAGUGCCAAACGAAGAGCCAAUCAAGUCAGAGUGAAGUUCCAACAGGAUGUGGAUGGCACUCGAUCUGAAGCUGUUGCUAACUAUCUCACAGCUGGAGAAGGUCGGUUAUCGAUGGACUCCAGUGAAGGAGACAUCGAGGCAUGUGAGAGUCCCUUCUCUUCCCCCUCCACCUUCCUCAGGAAUCCCCUGCUCCGCCGGCAGGGAUCCGACACGCACCCCUCAGACUCGGGAGGAAAGAUGCAGAUCAUUGGUCCAGAAGAAGAAGAAGAGGAGGAAGAUGGUUAUACGAUCAAUGAGAUGGACGGGCCGUUUCAGGACAUAGAGCUGCUGAAAAGUCGUCCGGCACACAUGACGGUGUUCAUGAGAUACGUGUUCAGUCAACUACUGGAUCCCAACCCAUUGUUGUUUUACCUGUGUGUGGAGGCAUAUCUGGGCUCGAGCCCGAAAGACGCCCGUUCGCUCGCCCCUCAGAUCUGCUCACACUUCCUGGACCAUGAUGCUCCUCUGAAGAUUAAAGUCCGUGAGGAGUUUCUGACUGAUAUAGAGAAUCGUCUCCACGCGCAGGAGGACAUUCGAGGGCCGCUCUCUGAACUCCAGCAGCAGGUGCUUCCAGACAUUCAAGACCAGCUUCAAGACUACAGGAAUAAGCAGAUGAUGGGUCUGGGUUCUCUGUUUGGAGAGAGCGACCUGCAGCAGUUAGACGGAGACCCUGUGAAAGAGAGACAGGUGGUGGACAAACAGGUGGUGGCGCUCUGGGAGAUCCUAUCAAAACAUGAGGAGGACAGAAGUUCUCCGCUAGCAUCUGCGGUUCUUCUGUAUCUCAGACACUCGGGCAUUAAACUCAGAGACUCCAAAGUGUUUCCUGGCUUGAUGUCCGAGAAGGAAAAGUGGCUUCCAUUCUUUCCCAAAGCUAAAAAGCUAAGCAGCGCAAAAAGAGAGAAGGAUGGAGAAGACAAGAAACGAAAUCCCAUACUGAAGUACAUUGGGAAACCCAGGAGCACAUCUCAGUCCAUUCGUCCCGGCAGCGUGCGAAACAUCAUUCAGCAGUUUGAGAGUAAUUCAGACUCCGUUGAGGACGGAGAUGUUGAGGGACAGCGAUUGUCUUCCAGCAGCUUUGGAGAGGACAGCAUGGAUAGUCCAACCAUAUCGGUGCGUUUGGCUCGCAGCGAGUCUUUGAAAGCUCAGGGGGAGGGGCGUCGACGAGGAGGCGGGACGGGGGUGGAGUCUGUCCCGCGUUCCCGUAGCGACGUUGACAUGGAGGACUGUGAGGAGAGGGAGGGGCCGGGACUAAGACCGUUACAUCACAGUGCCUCGUCUUCAGCUUCCAGCAGCUCCGCACGAUCGUUGGAGAACCCGACACCACCGUACACUCCCCGUUCUCAGCGAAGGGUUGUGGACACUCCAGUGGCUCUGUUACCGGACGCUCCAGCUUUAGAAGAGGACGUGAUCGACUCUCAGAACUGGCAGGAGACGGUGGAGCCGCAUGUACUGAUGUCACUCACUUCGCGAGAAAUUGACAGACAAGCCGUCAUCUAUGAGCUGUACACCACGGAGGCGUCUCACCUGCGGACACUGAGGGUUCUGGAUCAGGUGUUUUAUCAGAAGAUGCAGAGCGUCCUCAGUCCGGAGGAGCUAUCCUGUAUCUUCCUGAACCUGCGUCAGGUCUACGAACUACACGCGAACUUAUGUGAGUCCAUGAAGAAGCGCAGGGAGACGCCAAUCGUUCAGGGAAUUGGUGACAUCAUGCUGGCUAGAUUCGAGGGAGAGGCUGGAGAUCAGUUUGAGGAGCAGGCGUCUCAUCUGUGCAGUCAGCAGAGUCAAGCGCUGGAGCUCAUCAAGAACAAACAGCGCAAAGACCCUCGAUUCGCCCACCUCAUACAGGAAUGUGAGGCCAGUCCUCACUGCCGCAGGUUACAGCUGAAAGAUCUGCUGGUGUCUGAGAUGCAGCGCUUGACUAAAUACCCACUGCUGCUGGACAACAUCAUCAAAUACACAGAGAUGUCCUCUCCUGACCUGCAGCUGCUGCAGAGAGCACAGGCCUGUUGCCGCGGGAUUCUGCAGGCUGUUAACGAGGACGUCAGGGAGACGGAGCACCGGCAUCGGCUCAGCCAAUACCAGCGCAGGCUGGACCUCACGCCUCUGGAGAGACAGGCCAAUCCCGCCGCAGCACAGUUCAAGAAUCUGGAUCUCACCACUAAGAGGAUGAUCCACGAGGGGCCGCUCACGUGGAAAGUCAGCAAAGACAAAGCCAUCGAGAUCCAGGCGCUGUUGCUCUCAGAUCUGCUGGUACUGCUUCAGAAGGGUCCAGACGAGCGGCUUGUCCUGCGCUGUCCGUCACGCUCGCUGGGUGGAGUUGGGGGCGGAGCUACAGACCUCAAAACACCAUUCUGCCCCGUUGUUCGCCUCGACUCCUCCCUCGUCCGAUCAGUCGCGACAGACAAUAAAGCACUGUAUGUGAUCAGCACAUCAGAGAGACAGAUCUAUGAGCUGGUGGCCGGGACGUCGUCAGAGAAGAAUACUUGGAAAGACCAGCUGGAAAAGACAAUCGCUUCAGCCACUCUAGGAUCAGGAUCAACCAAACCAGGAUCACCAGCACGGUCCUCAGGUGUGCCGUCAUCUGCCAAUCAGUUAGACGUGUCUCUGUCGGAGUCGUCUGUGUCUCUGGAGAGGGACUCUGCCAGUGAUGAUGAAUGUGCUCUGAGGCCCACCACACCCACAGACCAAUCAGAAGCGAGCUGUCGCGAGGAUGGGGACGGUUACCUCCAAACUAAAGCUGGUGUCGCAGAAGCUGCUCUUCAAGAUGUGGAAACCCUCCGACAGCUGAUCUUCAGAGACCUGGAGGACGGAUGGAGUCAAGAUUCAGAUGACACGCCCACAAAUGAGACGGCCAAUGAAAGAAGCUCUUUUACAGACAGACCGGGAGCGGAGUUGUCUGAGCCCGCCCCUAGUGAGACUCCCAGCCAAUGGGGGGAGGAGCCUGUAGAAGCUCCACCUCUGGAGGUGCUGCAGCCUGCUGUUCAGGUUGUGAGGAAAGUCGUGGGUGCGGGCUGUUCUCUUCCUGACAACAUCACCGAUGAUGUCACCGCCAGCCAAUCCUCUCAGGACAGAGGAAACAUGUUUUAUCUGGUCUUGCCCAAAGAGCAAUCCAGCGCUCUCACAGACGAGAGCAGCACAGAUGAGCUCAAAGACUCGGACGCGUCUCAGAACAGCCAUCAGAUGAGCAAUGUGUUCUCAUCGUCCUUCAUCAACGAGGAAGAGGAGCAAGAGACGCCCUGCCUCUCUCCAACUGACCAGUCGCUGACUGAGACUCUGAGUCGAAGGGAAGGGCUCGGCCAUUCUCAAAUGAGCAUCCAGCGGCAUGUGAUCAAGAACGUGGACGAGAUCUUUAACACCAUGGAGGGGCUGAUGAGGAAACUGCAGCACCUGAGGGACAUUGAAGCAGAUCACUACAAACUUCUGAAGAAAUUAAGAAAACCACUUCCUGCUGAUAAAAUGUCAAGUGAUCGCGUCUACAAGUGUCCCACAGCGGUCCGAAUACCAUCACUGGACCGAGGAGCAGGAGAUGGUAAGGAGGGCGUCUCGACCGAACCAGCCCAGCCAGAAAUCCAGUCCACUGGCUUCUGACGGUUUACACUGGACCUACUCGAGGACUUUCAUCUCACACACACAGACUCACACAAACACACGCUUUGCACUCUAUGAUGUAGCCCCUUCCCAGCAUGCCUUGUGCCUGGAAGCACCAUCCAGGUUGAAUUAUGUGUUGUUUGUGUCAAUUUGUGACUUAAGAAGGGACGGACGACCCUUCGGCCUGCGCUGAGAAAGAAAGGACGGAAAAAGGAAAGUGGUGAUUCGACUAGCGCAUUCAAGAGAGAAAAUGAAAUGUUAUUGGUUGAUUGAAGAACGUAAGUGAUGCGUGAAGAACAGGAAGUGAAACGCAAGUGAAGUAGCAUGGCUGAAGACAUGACUCUGUCCUUCGAAGGAAACCCCAGCACUUUACCUGCUGUACGUCUGUUUCUCCUCCAUUCAGCUCAUCAGGAAAGUCGGCAAUCCAAACGGGCGACGUUUUCCAUCGUGAGCCGCGUCAAACCUGAGCCAUUUCCGGCAUUGACAAAUUCAGGUUCUUUUGCACUGGGACCCCUGUGGACAUAAACAUAGGGCGAAUAAGGAUGUCUCACGAAUAUCGUUGUUUGUUAAUAUAGUAGCUUGUAUUUGAUUACGUAACACUAUGCGAAAGAAGGAAAACAACAAAAGGUGAAGGUUUUGUUUUAAAUUUUUCCAUGUGCUAUGGAAGAAAUAAAAUAUCCAACAAACAUUUGUUCUGUUUCUACGCACACUAUCGCACAGCGCGUGACUGGACUCCUGUUUAUAUCGCACAGAAAAAAGGGGCGUGUUUAUGAAUUCUGACAUCAUGUCAUGUGACUUGCAAGCUGACACAUUUGUAUUACGUGUAAAUACUGUGAACGUUUGUCCCUCACCGUUUGCGGUAGUUAAUUCGUAGCUCAACGGGUGCUUGAAACACAAAUGAAGGGAUCGGGAACUCUAAUAAAUAAAAACAACGUAACUUUUACGUUUCGAAACGCAAGCGUCUUUAUAAGUGUUUAACUCGUCCACCUAACCUGCCAAAGGAGGAUUGUUACCUCACCUCCUUUUAAGUUUUUGUUUAUUAUUCUUAUUUUGUAUUUUAAUGAUUGUUUUUGCGAGUUUAUGUGCGACUGCAGAAAGUUUCUAACGUGGAUUGAAUUCAGAGACGUUGCUUGUAUGGAUAACUACUGUUAACUCAGGUGGAGAAAUGUAGACGUGAUUUCUCUCAUUAGCUUUAACUCUUUUUUUUUUUUUUUUUUUUUUUCAUGCAUUUUCUUCUCUUCUUUCGUUUCUUGCCUCAUUCCUCCAUCGUUCCAUGUUCAUUCAUACUCGUCAACGAUUUGUAAAAGUAUGCUGCACAACGAAGAAACCGUACUCGUGCGAACUACUGUACGUUGUUUGUUUUUAUUUUUAUUGGCAUUCACUCAUGUAAUAUAGUUCACAGCCUGUUUUAUAUGUUCAUUUUCUGUAAAGCUCUAGUCGUUUCUUUAAUUUUAUUUUUGUAGAUAUGACAAAAGAAGUGUAAAUUAUUUUCUCUCCCUCUUUUUAAAAAUGGCGAGAUUGUUAGAUGCACAGAAGGAAAAUGAAAACUCAUGUUAAAAGAAACCCAUUUGUUUUGUGAAAUUAAAAAUAUGUUUAAAAAAAAAAA